UCAAGGUCCGCGAGCCGAGACGGAUUAUCUGUGUCCCCUCAAUCUACAUAUAAUUUUAUGGAUUCAUAGAUCUAAUUUAUAUUUAAGAAACAUGAAACAUUGGUUAAUUUUAUCCGGUUGUAUAUUAUCGAUAUGGAUCCUACAAUCCUCAGGUGACCUAAUUAGUCAGAACCAGCAGUGCGGGGACGGGUGGGUACAGCGGAAGAGCAGCAACAGCUGUUACUUCUGGGACACCAACAACCUACAGACGUACGCCGGGGCGGUCCAGGAGUGUAACUUGAUGGGGGCAGACCUACUGGUCAUCAACGACGACGACGAACAGGAUUGGGUGAAUGUUGAGUCCGAAACGAACAAACGGUACGCUACAGGAGGAUGGUACAUGGGUCUACAGCAAUCCAGCAGCAAGUGGGCGUGGUCCCCACAGCAAGGAGUGGCUACAGUAAACUGGAGAAAUGAACCGGAUAAUGACGAUAACCAGGAUUGUGGGACGGUUAACCAAUAUGGCCGAUUCGCAGACGACUUUUGUAACAACAAGUACGGAUAUAUCUGCCAAUUCACGGCCCCGACAGGACAGGCUUGCCCUACCGACAAUGGUAAGGUCCACCACUGGUAUGCCAAUGGCAACACAUGUAUCUACAUUAGUAACCCCCUAGACGCCAACGAUAGAUACACUUGGCAAGGUGCCAAAACCAAGUGCACAAACCUUAACCCAUCGGGUUCGCUGGUCUCUCUAAAAUCCUAUCAAGAUUCAGCGUUCCUUCAAGUUUCCUUAGCAUCGCGGAACCCCAACACGCGCAUCCCGUGGUGGUCGGGCCUGAACGACCAGCAGAAGGAGGGGAGUUACGUAUGGCAGGACGGUACUGCCAUCAACACAACUAUCGUAUCAUGGGAUAAAGCGCCGAGCGCAGACAUGUCUGAGCAUCAGAACUGUGCCAUCAUGAUGCCCGGAGGAACUGUUGAUGACGUCACGUGUAACACUCGCGCCUUCUUCGUUUGCGAGAUGAACUCCCAGAGAAGUUACGUGGAUGUGGGCUGCGGUCCUUGGAAGAGAGCCGAGGGAAAAUGUUACCUGUUUGCUAAUGGCCAGAGAUACGGUUGGAGCGAUGCGCGACAGAAGUGCCUAAAAGCAGGAGCGGAUCUAGUGAAAGUCGACGAUCACAAUGAAAACUACUGGUUGACCAUCCUUCAGUUGCCCGCGUGGCGCGGAUACUGGACAGGUCUGAGAGACGCUGGGCACGAGGGAACAUGGUUAUGGCAGGACGGGACCCCCUAUAACAAAAGCUACGUGAACUGGCGCCACGAGCCCAAUGACUAUGCUUACAACGAGGACUGUGGACAAAUGUACUCAGACGGUGUCCUGAACGAUAUGACUUGCCAAGCUCACCUGGGAUAUAUAUGCGAAUAUCCCAAGCAAGCAUCUCAGCCCUGCAUCAUUCAGUGGAUCGGGAACGGUAACUCCUGUUACUAUUUUAGUAACGCCUCGUUAUCGUCCGACUUGCUCCGAUGGACUGACGUAUUACAGCGUUGUAAUGAUUUGUCGUCUGACGCCGGCAUCAAGGCUAACUACCUGUCGAUCGACUCACAAAGCGAGAAGGCAUUUGUCACAACCAAGGUAAUGUUACAGAGAAAAUCAGGUGGUAGUUUUUGGACCGGCUUAAACGAUCGAACAUCCGAGGGCGUGUGGAUAUUCAAUGGAGCGACUGCUCUUCCUGAUCCCUCACUUUUAAACUGGGCGAACGAGCCCAAUAACGCUGGGGGUAAUGAAAACUGUGCCGCUAUGUACGUCGGUGGGAGGUACAACGACCUUCCGUGUGAUGCUAAAUCAUAUUUCAUCUGUGAAAAACCCGUGCCUGGGUAUCAAUCAUCGAGUCAAAGAAUGGCGCCAAAUGUUGUCGUCUGCUUAAUCAUGAGUCUUCUGAUAUUGCUUGUUUGAGUGAGUUUGUGCAUUUAGAAGUUAAUUUGAAUUUAGGUGUACCCAGAAUGAAUCGCACUGACAGAAAUUUACCUACACCGGACAUAAAAUUGCAUGUAACAGCAUCAUAAGUUGCUAUCAUGGAAACGAACCAGCAUAUUUAAUUUAUUUGGUUUCAUUAUUUAUCUUGUACUGAUUCCUACAUGUGUAUUGAAUAAACUUCUCCUCGUUA